AUGGCAUCUUCUUCCGUCAAACAGUGAGUCUUUUCGCAUGUUUCUUCACGUUUGGAGCCGUCUGUUUGUCCCGAAGCGCUUGUCAAUAAUGCUCAAGCCCCUGCGCCCCACGCGUCUCUUUUCUCUUUCUCCGUUCCGAAAACAAGUUCCGCUUCCGCUAUUCUCCACUUCCUAAAAGAUUCUCAUCUUUUUGUGUCCCUAAAAGUUAGUUGAAUAGUCUGUUUUCAUUACAAUUGAAAUGAUUUUAGACACAGAUUAGAGCGUUUUGUCUAUAAAUUGUCACAGAAAGCAUUGUCGAUGUGCGUCUCUCUUCGGUCUUCCCUCGAUCAGAAUGUAGAUUUCGUUGAAACUGUCUCGUCCGCAACACGCCACGCGUGAUAACGAUAAGGACGCACGAGGCGAAGGGCAAGAACUAUUAAAGAUGGCGUUAUCAGUCCUUCAGCAUAUAAACCUGUAUUUCAGUCCGAAUCAUCAAUGUUUGAUUCCGAUAACAGAGUAGCCGGUGGUCACAAUUGCACACAAAUAAGGCUAUUACUCGAGCCCGCCGUUAUCGCUUGGAGCAAAUUGAGCAUGAUGUUUGGCUUUUUAGCUGUUUUGCUGAAGCGUUUCAGCAUUUUUAGCGGGAAAAAGCUAGUCGUUCUAAAGGAAUUCGCUCUAGCAAAAGAUCUUCCUUUCAAUUUGUGCGACAUCCUUCACACAGAUCACGGUCUAGUCCGAUCCGCUGCUCCUCCGACUCUCAGUUCUACUUUCCAAUAUUACAUCAUUUUCUGUAUUUCGUGACCAGAAAACCAUUACAAAAAACGCUUUGCCCCGCCCCUCCGGUCCCCUUCUGCAGUCGCCUCCUGCACAUUCCAUCUCAGAACCAUUAGAUCAACCGCCCUCGCUCUCUUUCUCUCCGUUAUCAUUCUACAAAUUCUUCUUCUAUCUUGCAGAAUGCUUUCCUCCCUUCGUCGCCUUGUUCCUUCCCCGCCACGCGGCUCGCGGUCACUCACCUCGCAACAGAUCUUCGAUCGCGAGAAGAAGUACGGAUGUCACAACUACAAGCCGCUUCCAGUUGCUCUCGAAAAAGGGCAAGGAUGCUUUGUGUGGGACGUCGAGGGCAAGAGAUACUAUGACUUCCUGGCCGCCUAUUCUGCAGUCAACCAGGGACAUUGCCAUCCAAAGCUCCUCAAGGUACAGACUUAAAACUGGAUUUCGUGGGAAAACGAAAAGGACGAGUGUCCUGCAGACAACAGCAGAAGUUCUAAGAUCCUGUUUUCAGGUGAUGCAAGAUCAGGCCGCCACUCUGACGCUCACGUCAAGGGCAUUCUACAACAAUGUGCUCGGAGAAUACGAGGAAUACAUCACGAAACUGUUCGGAUACGACAAGGUUCUUCCGAUGAACACGGGAGUGGAAGCCUGCGACUCCGCAGUGAAGUUGGCUCGUCGUUGGGCGUACGAUGUGAAGGGAGUCAAAGAGAACGAGGCUGUGGUGAGCAGAGAGCGUAUUCAGUUCAGAAGAAAAAUAAGAAUGUUCAGGUCGUGUUCGCCAACGACAACUUCUGGGGCCGUUCGAUCGCCGCCAUCUCCGCCUCCACCGAUCCGGAUUCAUACGCCGGUUUCGGUCCCUACGUUCCUGGAUUCAAGACGGUUCCGUACAAUGAUCUGAAUGCCGUCGAGGAAGCCGUUUCGAACAAGAACGUCGCCGCGUUCAUGGUGGAGCCGAUCCAGGGAGAAGCCGGAGUCGUCCUCCCGGAUGCCGGAUACUUGAAGGGAGUCUCUGAGAUAUGCAAGAAGCACAAUGUGCUCUUCAUCACCGACGAAGUGCAAACCGGAUUGGGAAGGACUGGAAAGCUUCUGGCUCACUAUCACGACAACGUCCGGCCGGAUAUCGUAAUUCUGGGAAAGGCCCUGUCCGGUGGAGUUUAUCCAGUGUCUGCGGUGCUCUGCGACGACAACAUCAUGAUGAACAUUAAGCCAGGACAGCACGGAUCCACCUACGGAGGAAACCCUCUCGCCGCUAAGAUUGCCAUCGCUGCUCUCGAGGUAAGCACUAUUGGAAGUACAAGAACGUGAAACUUGAACUUUUUAGAUCCUUCAAGAAGAAAAACUUGUGGAGAACUCCGCGGCGAUGGGAGAUCUUCUGAUGAACAAGCUGAGGACGUUGCCGAAGGACGUCGUCUCUGUCGUCCGCGGAAAGGGACUCUUCUGCGCCAUCGUGAUCAACAAAAGUUAGAACUUUUCUUCGUCUUCUUCCGUUAAAACUUGCUCACUUCAGAGUUUGACGCGUGGCAAGUGUGCUUGAAGCUGAAGGAGAACGGUCUUUUGGCGAAGAACACGCACGGAGACAUCAUCCGCUUCGCCCCGCCCCUCUGUAUUAACAAGGAGCAAGUGGAGCAGGCGGCCGACAUCAUUAUAAAGACGAUCACCGAAUUCGCUCGCAACCAGUGA